UCGGUGCGCGAUCGGAUGAAAUAUCUUCGCCUCUCGAUUUGCACCGGGUGAAUUUCGCAGCGCGGAGUACCGGAAAUAACUCGUGCUGGAUACAUAUUACAAUUACGAGGCGAGCAGCGAUCAGCGGCGGGUGUGGGUGGCCAUAUGAUGGCGGAUUGUACCCGCGAGGCGCACCAAAGUGUCCCGUGCACUACUCACUCGUCGGGCGGCGCCCGGACCGUUCUAUAAAGCGUCGCGACGCCGCACCGUGACGACGAUUUCGCUCCCGUUCAGCCUGUUCUGUUCUCCUCGACACGUUGCGCGUUGCCGACAACAGUGAAGCAAGGUGGCGAGGUUUGAAUCUCGUGUUAAUCCCACUGAUCUGUCCAUACCUAUGGCGACCAUGAGCAACAGUAAUGGAUCUACAAUGCAGAUUAAUACCCGGCCUGACGAUAUUCGAAAACGCAUUAUUGGAUCUGAUGACAGUACACAAGGAGACUCAACGACAUGCGGAACCAUCCUGGUCGUACUAUCGUGGAUUGUCGUAAUAUUGACGAUGCCAUUCUCCCUCUUUGUCUGCUUCAAGGUUGUACAGGAAUAUGAGAGAGCUGUCAUAUUUCGACUGGGGCGUCUUUUAUCGGGCGGUGCCAAGGGUCCCGGAAUCUUUUUUAUCCUGCCAUGCGUGGACAACUACGCACGUGUUGAUCUGCGAACGCGAACGUACGAUGUUCCACCGCAAGAGGUCUUGACAAAGGACAGCGUUACGGUAUCCGUUGACGCGGUAGUUUAUUAUCGCGUUAAUAACGCAACCAUUUCGAUUGCGAAUGUGGAGAAUGCGCAUCACAGUACGAGACUACUGGCUCAAACGACCUUGAGGAAUACCAUGGGGACGCGACCGCUUCAUGAAAUAUUGAGCGAACGGGAAACAAUCUCUGGAAACAUGCAGGUUGCCCUAGACGAAGCCACUGAUACGUGGGGAAUUAAGGUAGAACGAGUCGAAAUCAAGGAUGUACGACUACCUGUUCAAUUGCAACGCGCUAUGGCGGCGGAAGCUGAAGCUGCACGUGAAGCACGUGCUAAAGUGAUUGCUGCAGAAGGUGAACAGAAAGCCAGUAGGGCUCUGCGGGAAGCGUCGGAGGUCAUCGGCGAUUCACCAGCUGCUUUACAACUUCGUUAUUUACAGACAUUGAAUACGAUAUCAGCGGAGAAAAAUUCUACCAUUGUGUUUCCGCUGCCGAUCGAUAUGAUGACAUAUUUCAUGAAAGCUUUUCCGAAAGAAUAAUUGCAUGAGAAAGAGGAAAAAGAAAGAAGAAAGAAAGUAUGUGUUUUGCGGGAUGUAACGACUGAAAAGAAAAGUAACAAUUUCCCUGAGAAGCCCCUUGAGAAAUGUUUCCUUUGGGCAAUUUAUCCAUGUACAUUUACACGCUUGUGUGUUCUCGACGAUAAAGAGUUGCCAAUAUUUGACCAAUCUCUGACGGUUUCAAGUUGAACAGGCUGUAAUUGUAGAGUGAUUACUUGUAACAUUACGUGUGUGAUUUCGUCAUACAGGUCAACUUAAAGAAUUGUAUAUGGCAUAGACUGAAACACACAUAUUUUUGGAAAAUCUUACAGAAUUAUUUUAUAUAUUUACAUGCUAUACGGGAUAGCAUACGUAAGUUUACAGCAUGUACAUAGAAUAUAACUGAACGACGUCAAUAUUUCUGUAUUCAGUCUGUUUUUGGUACAAUAAUAAUUUCACUUGCGUCGAAUAUGAAUUUAUAAUUAAAACUGAAAUGUUGAAAAAUAUAUAAUAAUUAAAAAUCAAUUAAUCCGUUCAUUAUAAAUCUCGCACUGCCAUUAAUGCCAGACUUGUACAAAAUGCGAUCGAUUUCAUGAUAUUAAUCACACAAUCGAUCGGUCGAUAUAAACAAAAUUUAUUUAGUAUAAUUAAUAUUAAAAGGUAAUUUUUUCUACCUUGUCAAUUUUGUGAUAUAAGACAACAUUAAACUGUUAUUACUUAAUAAUUAACAAGAAAAAUUCUUUAAUAUUUGCCUAUUUCGCUUACGGUACUAAAUUAUGUUCCAACAAACAAAAGACUCUCUCUUCAGUAUAUAUUCUUCGCUAAUUUAAUAUUUUAAUCAUGGUGCUAAUUAAACGCUUAUCGCUAAUACUGGUAGAAUUGUCAAGGGCAUUUAAGUGUUAAAUGUAAUUAAUUUUACGGUCACUAGCAAUAUUUAUACUGUAACGGCCUGUAACAAUUGCUUGGUCCAACAUCGGCAACUCUUGCUAGCGAUAAUUACACAUUAUUUAUUCAAUCACCAACGCUUUGAUAUUCUUAUCACGGUUACCUUACAAA